CUUUUAUCUUUUAUUCUUCACAUUCUUCACAUUUAAAAUUUACAUUACACUUCACGUCCGUAUACACCCUUAUACACCCUUAUACUGCAUACACUCCCACUGCAUACAUCCCCAUCGAGUACAUCAGCUCCAGCUAAGCUCAGCUCGGAAUGUCCAGCUGAGCUCCCCUCGUAUCUAUCUAUUCCUUUGCUCUAUUCUCUAUUUCUGUCUCUAUUCCCUAUCCUCUUUCUGUCUAUACAUUGUCUUUAUCUUUCACUUGCUCUACAUUCUUCCUCGUUCUACAUACAGUCGACAUGCCCCCCCGGAGCUCCCUCUCCUCCUUUUCGGUGACGGAUGCCUCUAACGAGGUCGUUUGUCCUCUGAAGAACAACGACGGCUCCAAUUGUCGCAAGCGAUGUUUGGGAGAAAAACGCUUUCGCUCGAUGCAGGAGCACAUCCGGCGCGCUCAUCCCACUCAUUACAUUCCUAAGCUGCCGGCUACCGAGGAGAGCUUUCUUCUCAUGGUGAACCAGGAGAAGGCUAUACAAGUUGAUUCUCCCCCCGAUGAACCUCACCCCGCCGCCGCCACCGCCGCUGUCGCACUGGCUCAAUUGCACCAUCAUCGCCUCGCCUCCGACUGGGAGGAGGUAUGCUUGCGUUCACCGGCAUUCCGGGCGUCGCUAAUAACUCAGGACACUCGCUCCGUUGAACUCCCGCCUCUGCGCGAUCAUUUUAGACACGAGGACUCCCUGCCUCCCUUCUCUCCCCCGCGCCCGAGAAAGGAUUUCCUGCUCCCCUCCAUCCUGUCCCAUUCGCCCCCACCGCGCUCCUCGACGCUGCCCCCGAUCCACCGCAAAGACCGGCUCCCCAGACCGCGCAAGUCAUCCAUCACGCAAAAUGCUCACAAACCCAAACACGAUCGGCCCCGUCGUCCCAGUCUCGGUGAACGCAAGGCCUUGUCUGCGGAACCGCAAGCCGCCGCCUGGGCCCAAGGUAAGCGCUGGGAAGAUCUGAUUGAAGCUGCUACGUCCGCUACAGAGGCCGAUGAUGACCGUUCUUCAGAGCACGGCCCGUCGCCUACGAUCCCUCCGCUUAUCGCCAAUAUCACCUCCGCGCCGUUGGACCAGCCGAUCCGCUCCUCGCUCCCUCCCGCCUUCCAUCCCCCGCAUCGCUCGCUCCCACCGCCGUACACUGCAUCGCCCCUACACAAGUCGCUGACCCCGCCACCGCAAAUGCACCGCGGUCGCGACUCGGAUCUAGAACCCUUCCCAUCCAUCGAAUCAUCGCUCGAUUCGGCCUCGAGUGCCUCAGGCAAGAACUUCCCGGUCUCUCGUAAUCUAGCCCCGUCCGCACUAUCAGACUCCAGUCCGGUUUACAACAUGUACCCCUCAUCCAUGCACGCACGACAACACCACCGCUUCUCGAACCCCACGCCCGCGUCGCUCCGGAGCAGAGAAGUCACCAUCUACUGCGCUAACUGCCAGCGCCCCUGGGCGCUGGAUGACUGCUACGCCUGUACCGAAUGCAUCUGCGGUGUCUGUCGCGACUGCGUCGGGAUGUUCCUCACCAGUCCCGCCAAUAUGUUCCGGAACAUAACCUCGAGUCCUGGUAGCGGCCCUAACGGCAACAUGUUUCACGGUCCUGGCCCCGGCCCCGGCUCCGGUCCGACUAGUCAUCCUAGUCCCGGUCCGAGAGGGUGUCCGCGAUGCCGCACGGUCGGGGGUAAAUGGAAGGCAUUUCAGCUUGAAUUUCGUUGAUCUCAUUUUCCGGUGAUGCGCUAUGCUUGACACUUUACACUUUG